UGACGGGGGCGGUGGCCGAGCGUCUUUGGUGGGACCGGCUCCGAGAGACUGCGUCGCCUCUGCAGGCUGCCAUGGCUGCCGUCGACAGCUUCUACCUCUUGUACAGGGAAAUCGCCAGGUCCUGCAACUGCUACAUGGAAGCCCUCGCCUUGGUUGGAGCCUGGUACACGGCCAGAAAAAGCAUCACCGUCAUCUGUGACUUUUACAGCCUGAUCAGGCUGCAUUUCAUCCCGCGCCUGGUGAGCAGAGCAGACCUGAUCAAGCAGUACGGAAGAUGGGCAGUCGUGAGUGGCGCAACAGAUGGGAUUGGAAGGGCCUACGCAGAGGAGUUGGCCAGCCGUGGGCUCAGCAUCGUCCUGAUCAGUCGGAACCAAGAGAAGCUGCAGACGGUCGCUAAAGACAUAGCCGACGCCUACCAAGUGGAGACUGACGUCAUUGUCGCGGACUUCAGCAACGGCCGCGAGAUCUACGGCCUGAUUCAGGAAGCCCUGAAGGACAGAGACAUUGGCAUCCUGGUGAACAACGUGGGCGUGUUCUACCCCUACCCACAGUACUUCACGCAGGUCUCGGAGGACACGCUCUGGGACAUCGUCAACGUGAACAUUGCCGCCGCCAGUCUGAUGGUCCACAUAGUGUUACCCGGGAUGGUGGAGAGGAAGAAAGGGGCCAUCGUCACCAUCUCCUCCGGCUCCUGCUGCAAACCAACCCCCCAGCUGGCGGCGUUUUCCGCGUCUAAGGCUUACUUAGACCACUUCAGCAGAGCAUUGCAGUAUGAAUAUGCUUCCAAAGGAAUCUUCGUACAGAGUCUAAUCCCGUUCUACGUAGCUACCAACGUGUCCACCCCUGGCAGCUUUCUGCACAAGUGCCCGUGGUUGGUGCCUUCGCCACAAGUGUACGCCCAUCAUGCUGUUUCUACCCUUGGCAUUUCAAAAAGGACCACAGGAUACUGGUCCCAUUCCAUCCAGUUUCUUUUUGCACAGUAUAUGCCUGAAUGGCUCUGGGUGUGGGGAGCAAAUAUUCUCAAUCGUUCCCUACGUAAGGAGGCCUUAUCCUGCAAAGCGUGAAGCUGGCUGAUGGUUGGGAAGUGUUGCCAACUUGGGGAACCUGCAGCAUUCUACAUUUGGAAGAACACAUGUAAUUUAUCUUCUGCAUUUUCUUUCAUUACCGAUCAUUUAGCAUACUGUUGACUCAUCAUUUGCAAAACAAACAUAACGCUUUUAAGAAUGCUGUGGAAAAGCCUCAAGGGCCACUUGGAUGGCACAGAGUAAAUAACGACCACCACACAAGAACUGAUGAGGAAACCUAAAUUUUGAUGCUUUUUUUUUUUUUAAAGCUGUUCAAAAGUUGUGUGAUUUAUGUUGUUCUAAGAGCUACUAGCAAUCUGAUAUUGAAAUAUGAUAUGACUUGUCAGCUCUUACAAUUUCACGUGUUGUUUCUUAAGGGAAAUUAUUUCAGUAGAUGGAUUAUAGUAUUGGUUUUCAAAUGUUCAUCAGGAAAAACUAUUUAAAAGUGUUAUUUUCUAGGUAAGAUUGCUGGUAUAAUUAGUGGAAAUCUGUAUUAUAUUGUGUAACUCUAGUUGUUUGGCUGUCUGUGUACGAAAUGCUGCUCUUCAACUGCUAUUUCGUUAGAGAACCAUAUAUGUAUGUAUGUUGUGUGCAUCUAGGCAACUUUAUUUAUGGGUAAGUUACUUUAAAAAAGAUUUCUCGUCAAGAUGGCUUAAUGUGGAACCUUAAGGGUAUUAAAAUUCUAGAUUUUUCCUUUUCAUACUAAACAAGGCUACCCAAUUUUGUGCUAUAGAUUUGCCAAGUAUAAUAUUACUUACGACAUUCUGUUUUUUUUAAUCUACUAAGGAAUUAAUUCAUUCCUAGAU